CUUGUUGACGCUGGAGACCGAAUCAUCGCAGUCCUUGGCGGCGUUCCUCACGGAUCCAAGGGGAAAGAAUGGCAGGCAGUGGAAGCUGAUGCUGCUGCUGCUGCUAUUCGUUGCCGUGAAGCCAGUACGUUCACCAAGGCACAGAGACAUGGCCGGCGUGGCAAUUUUGCUUCUCGAACAGUUGGCUACGGCUAUGGUAACGGGCGGCGCAAACCGCAGAACUACAGAGUUUCCAGUCAGGCUAAUCGGAACGCCAUGCAAGAGCUUCUUCGAAACAAAGCCAUCCGGCGCAUCUCAGGUUUCCAAAACGCUCUCUUCAACACGUUCUGUCACAAAAAUUAUAUAGAACAUAGAGAUACGAACAACGAAAUUCAAUGCAAGCAGCCAGAGCUGCAAGCUAACUUCCCAAACACUGCAUUUGCCGCUGCCACCUUCAACCUGGGCCCCCUCUCAUUUUCUCCACCUCACAUGGACCCCGAUAACCGCGCCUCUAGCUGGUGCGCUGACACUAACAUGGGACCCUUUGACCCUGACAAAGGUGGGCACCUUGUACUCUGGGACCUCGGGCUCAUUAUCCGCUUUCCUCCCGGUUCCACAAUCCUCUUUCCCUCUGCACUUAUCACCCACUCUACUAUUCCCAUCCAAGCACAUGAGACCCGCUAUGCAAUGAUACAGUACUCCUCCGGCGGUCUUUUCCGAUGGCGCAACAACGGCUUUCAA